AUGGCCACCCUCAACAACUUAACUGUCGGUUCUGACAGCGACAGCAGUACUGAGGCGCCGCUUGCUGUGCGGCCAGACGCCGCGGCUGCUGCAGAAGGAGCAGCAAUGGAAGGUAACUCAGCCCCGGGAGAAGCGGCAGCCCCCGCUGGUGUCAGCGCGGGAGAAGAGGCAGCACCUAAAGAAGGUGAGGCCGCUGCGGAUGGCUCAGGCACAUCCCCUGGAGGGAAGGAAGGGGAAGGGGAAAAAACCUUCAAGAAGAUAUCUUCGGAAUCUACUACACUGACUCAUGCGGCAAGCAAGACUGAUGAAUCAGCUCGGGAGGCAACUGAAGGGGGAGACGCAAAUGCAAACGCUGCAGCGGGGAGUAGUAAGGUGUCCAAGGAGCUGACACCGAGGGAGGGUGCAUCUAAGAGUGAGCAAGAGCAGGGUGCUGCGGCUGAAAAGAGUGCGCCCAAUCCAGGCGUUGCUCCCCCCCUCGACCCGGCAGCCGUGCGGUCGAAGCGGUCGUCUGUGAAGCCAAGUCCGGCUGCUGUAAGUCCAGCGAGUCGCGAAGUUGAUCCUAAUGGCAAGAGCACCUCGCAGGCGGGUGAUGGAGCAGAAGCUAAGCCUUCGAAGACACGGGAGAAGCGGCACGGUACUCAAAAGAAGUCGCGGUCAAAGCGUACCGAUUUGGAGGAAGAGAUUUCCCUCAUGAAGAAGGCAGAAAAAUGCGGAAUCGGCGCCGGUUCACUGCACGACAUCGUAUCAGUUUCUGGAGGAGAUGGACUAUCCCCACAGCCGGGUUCUUCACCUGCAAAAUUGAGCCGAAGUCCUAGAAAGAUGGCGAGCCGUCAUGGGGAGGGCUCAAAAGGCAACAAGAAUGGCGAAAAUGUUUCUGAGGGUGCUGACGGUCAGCAAAUGCCGGUUGUCGUUGACAUACCUGUUCCUAGUGUGCACAAAGUGUUCCAUACCAACAGGGGUGAUGGCAGAGUUGUGGUCGGCGACAUUUCUGGAAUCUACACCAAAAGGAAACGAAAGCUUGUGAAUGAGUACCGCACUGAGGCUGACGAUAAGGAAAACUCCCCGCAAAUUUCCCCACUUACCCUACAGAAUGUCGGUAGACACAUACGCGAAUCCGGGGGAGUCCACAAAGGAUAUACAGCGCGGAGAUGUUACAGCAGCGAGUCUUCAUUGUUCAAAUCAUGUGUUUCUCUCAACACCGAUCCCAAAACAGCUUCUCGGAGGAAGCGGAGCGUGCGACGCGGAGGUGGGCGACAAAUUGAAAGGACCGGGAGAGCCCUCCAGAGGCUCAAUAUCCCAGCCUAUCAUCGUAGGUUGAUAAUCGAUAUGCAUCAAAAGGGUAUUUCUGAGCGCCAGGCGGAGGAAGGGAGCAACAGCGACGACUGGCUGCACACCGCUGGCAUGGGUAGAAGAUAUUCCGUUAGCCCAGAAAGAAGCGCGAGGUUGGGGGGCCAUGACCGGUUACCACAGCGGAGGUACCAUUCCACAAUUGACGGCAAUCGCUACGGCUAUAGCCCGAGGGGCGCCUCUAACGAUCGUUUACCUGAGCGCCGACGCUCGAAAAGGGGUGAGGAUUAUCGGAAAGAACACACUUACAAACCCACCAUUUCCAAGUUUGCGCAGGCGCUGCCUCGCUCAGAUGUUCCGUGUCACGAACGGCUGUAUUCAGCCAGACCUAGUGUUCAACGGAACAAGAAUGCAGAUGGUGAGGACUACGAGGCACCGGCACUCUCUCCGCGUUUGCAGGAGUUUGUGAACAACAGCAGUUUUGAGUUGUUCCGUCCCCACAUAUCAAAGCGUGCAAGGGCUUUAGAGGUCGAAGCGCCUUUCUACGAUCGUCUCCAUCCAUCCAAGGAAGAACUGGCCCGGAAGCGCCCCGAGGAACCCAAACCUGUGCCUACUCCUCGUGUUUCGACUUCUCGGCCAAUCAGUAUUUCUCCGCGCCUAUUGGCCCGCCGGGAGCCGCCGCCACCGGAGAGUUUGCCUUCGUUCCGUCCAAUGAUCACGCCUCGUGCGAAGGGUGUAGAAUGCAGCAAACCCUUCUACGAUCGGCUUCAUCCUUCUAAGGAGCAGCGGGCACGCAAACAGAAGGAGGAAGAACCCAAAUCAGCCCCGCCUCGAACCUCACCGCGCCGUGCGGUGUCCGUUUCCCAGCGCUUAUUAGAGCCCCACCAACCCCCACCGUACGAAAAGUACGACCCCUCAUUCCGGCCAGAGAUUUCCCCACGCGCGAGAGCGUUGGAGCGUGACGGACCCUUCCACAAGCGGUUGUACUUGACGCCAUAUGAGUUGGAGGAGGCUCACGCAUUGCAUCGGAGGCGCCAGUUUGAGAGCUCUUGUAAUUUCCAACCUGAGAUAGUGGAACUCAUGCGUCAAAACUACGACGCAAAGAAAGUCAAGAGGGGCACAUCGAAGCCGGUGAAGGCGCACCGUCAGCGUUCUUAG